AUGAGCUUUGUUGACUAUUUUCUCACUCACCCUGCAUCCUAUGCUAUAUUAGCCGCCCUGGUUAUCCCAGUCACGGCUCUGGCAUGGGACAGAUUGCCGGAUUUGUUGCCCUCCGGAAAGUCGUUAUUGGUUGGCAAAAGGAACCCUUUUGAAAUAACCGCAUUGGAGUGCCCUUAUAGUUAUAUUCGGCAGAUAUAUGGAACGCAUCACUGGGCGCCGUUCGUUGACAAACUUUCCCCAGGUCUUAAGGCAGAGGAGCCGGCAAAAUACCACAUGAUCCUCGAGAUCAUGGAUGGAAUUCACCUCUGCCUGAUGCUGGUCGACGAUAUCAGUGAUAACAGUGACUAUCGCAAAGGGCACCCAGCUGCUCAUCGAAUCUAUGGCGUCUCGGAGACGGCGAACCGAGCAUAUUAUCGGGUAACCCAACUGUUAAAUCGCACAGUGCAAGAAUUCCCAGAGCUUGCGCCUUGGUUGAUGCAAUGUCUCGAGGAGAUUCUUGAAGGACAGGACCUCUCACUGGUUUGGCGUCGAGAUGGUCUCUCUGUUUUUCCAGUCCAACCAGAAAAGCGACUUGUGGCGUAUCGCCGAAUGGCAUACUUGAAGACAGGCGCUUUGUUCCGUCUUCUCGGGCAGCUCGUCUUGCAGAAUCGAUCCUACGAUGAUACCUUGAGUACUAUCGCAUGGUAUUCCCAACUGCAGAACGACUGUAAGAACGUCUACUCCUCUGACUACGCCAAAGCCAAGGGGGCUAUUGCUGAAGAUCUGCGCAACGGCGAACUUACACAUCCAAUUGUUGUCGCUUUGAAUACUGCUGAAGGGCACUUAGUCGCCCGAGCUCUGGAGGUUCGAUCACCACAUAAUAUCCGACAGGCGUUACGAGUUAUCCAAAGUGAUGAAAUCAUUCGUGGGCCGCUUGACUAUCUGUUGAUGUACCCUGGAAAGGACAUUCGUCGCAAGUUUAUGCAGGCUUUCAAUGAAUGGCUGAAAGUCUCAGAGGAUAAAUUGAACAUCAUCGCGGAGAUUGUUGGUUUGCUGCACACAGCUUCUCUUCUGAUCGAUGAUAUCCAAGAUUCUUCAAAAUUACGUCGGGGGAUACCUGUAGUUCACUCCAUCUUCGGCGUCGCACAAACGAUUAACUCCGCCAACUAUGCUUACUUUCUCGCCCAGGAAAGGCUCCGGGAGCUCAACCGACCUAAAGCGUAUGAGAUCUAUACUGAGGAGCUACUCCGUCUCCAUCGGGGACAGGGCAUGGACUUGUACUGGCGAGACUCACUGACCUGCCCGACUGAAGAGGAGUACAUUGAGAUGAUCGCAAACAAGACUGGUGGACUGUUCCGCUUGGCAAUCAAGUUAAUGCAGUUGGAAAGCGAGGUAUCAAGUGAUUUCCUGAAGCUUGCCGAACUACUGGGUGUGAUCUUUCAAAUCCGUGACGACUACCAAAACUUGCGAAGCGACCUAUAUAGCAAGAAUAAGGGCUUUUGUGAGGACCUCACGGAGGGAAAGUUCUCAUUCUUGAUUAUCCACAGUAUCAAUAGUAAUCCGGACAAUCAUCAACUACUCAAUAUUCUCCGACAGAAGAGCGAGGAUGAGUCGAUCAAGAAAUACGCCGUCGAAUACAUUCAGUCCACAGGAUCGUUCGAGUAUUGUCAAGAUAGGCUAGCGUCAUUGCUGCACGAGGCAAAGGUAAUGGUCGGAGAGCUGGAAGAGAACGUCGGGUUUUCCAAGGGGAUUUAUGAUAUCCUGGGUUUUCUAAUGUAA